AUGGCGGAGAGGCAGGCAGGCCUCGACGCGUUCGACUCGGUAGAUAUCAUCGCUUUCAAAAAUGCCUUGACAGAUCUUCGUUCUGCACAUGAAACCAUGGACGACACCUUUAGUCGUCCUGGGGCACAGCUUGCAGACAAGCAGACAUUUACCAACAAGGCAGGAAACCUGAUUACAGCCUAUCCAGUGUUGGUGGAUUUGAGGAGGCUGGUUCAGUUGUGUCCCAGCAACACAUCUGCUGCCCUGACAGGCGAUCAAGGCAUCAUUCCUGGGAUCUCCAACACUGACCUGCUACAUGCUGUCGUAGGGCUAUAUGAUGUGUCCCUGUCAGAGAUGACUCCCGAUGUCCUGUAUUCCACUGUAUGUGAGAAAUGGGCCAGAACUAUAGUUCUAGUGCGAGAUCUCAAAGAAACUGUGACGUCAUUGAAAGAGAAGAAAAGUCAAAAGAAUCCUGAAAAGGAUAAUGAAAAUGACGAUGAAUCCAAGGAAUGUAAAUCAAAAGAAGAAAAGGAGGAGGGAGAGAAAGAUGACAAAUACGAGGAGGAAGAACAGCUCCCCAGCAAAUUUGCUGAUGUGUACAGCGACACAGAGUCUGAGGAGGAGGACCUAGAGGAGGAGGAUGAUGAAGAAGAUUUCUCAAAGGGAAUAAACACAUUCAUUAAAAAGACAGUUGAAAGGAGGAAAGGGAGACAAUCUGAGGCCAAAGAAAUACAAGAGGAUCAGGUUGGGAUAGAGAAUCGCAUCAUUGGCUGUGUCACAUUUGAAAAGAAAUAUGUGCGACUGUUUCUCUCUGUAACUAACAGACACAGAAAGUAUGGCAUUGGUAAAUACCUGCUACAGCAAGUUAUAGACCCAGGUGUGGUGGGCCAUUAUGAUGCUAUUGUGGUACACGCUGACAAUGCUGCCGUGGAGUUCUUCCAGCACUUCGGUUUCUCUGAUGAUGUAGUUCUCAACAGCAGAUGGAGCGAGCUUGCAGAACAGUUUACCAACUGUACUCUGAUGUGUUACCUGCCAGGUUUUUCAGGACAUAGUCUUCUGAGCACAGUAAAGAUACCAGGUUUUGAAGUGUUUGAAUUAGAACAGGAAUUUAACAAAUGGAAAGAAAAAACUGUGGAGGUUUAUCAGAACCAAGUAUCUGUGGUGAUGAGGAUGAAACAUGAAAUCCUUCAACUAAAAGCAAUGACACAAAAACAAAACACUUUGAUUGAAACACUACUGAAGGAGAAUGAGAAGUUAAGGAAGGAAAAGUAUGCUGUUGAGAAAGAAUAUCUUGGGUACAAGUUCUCAACAGCCAAAGCGUCUUCACUCUUACACGAGAGAACUUUAUCAGACGAUGGCUCUGAAAUAAGCUCCGAAGAUCUUAUUAAUGAGCUACAACAACAGGUUGACACCAUGGAUCUAACCAUUAAAAAGAAACGUCUGGAGUCUUUACUGGAGACUAACCCGGAAAAGAACAGCAAACUUAUGACAUUUGAUGACAGUAAAUACGUGUCGUUCCCACCUUCCAACAUCCGAAAUACCCCGGAACCUUACGACCACAUGAAAGAUGCUGCUUUCUUCUACGAUGUCACUGAACAGUUUAAGAAAGCCAUGAAGCUUGACCCCGACGUAAAAAGCAAUUACGAAGUCACAACAAUUUCUAAGGCCACCCUGACAGAACAAUACAUGGAGGACUACAAAAACAAGCUGAGCACUCUGGUGGACCCUUCUAUAGUUGUUGAUCUGUACUACUGUGGCACACUGGAACACCCAGAACGGAUCCCAGACAUUCUCACACAUGGGUUUACUGAAUCUGAUUUUCAACAUGGAGAAUAUGGAAGAGGUCUUUACUUUUCAAAGUAUCCUUCAAAGGCAGCACAUUUUUCUGGGGUAAGGAAAAUUCUACUGGUGGAGGUCGGACUCGGACACAUAGAGACUGUCACCAGGCAUUGCAGGACAAGGAAGUCACCAAGUCCUGGUCACGACUCCAUUAUUACACCUGGCCGUCUGAAACCUGCUAAAGACACUGGGGUAGAGGAAAGAACGAUGACUGAGGAGUAUGUGGUGUUUGAUGUACGACAAGUCAUGCCAUUGGGGCUUAUCACUUAUGACCAUCAUGCUGUCAGUUGAGGAAACAUACACGUUACUGUAGUAAACAUGUUUUGACAUUCCGCCUAUAUUGUUGAUGGUAGAAUUUC